AACACCUCCGACAGACACUAGUGCGCCAUCGCCGGCUCCCCAAACUCUCUAGGGAUCUGCUGCUGCGAUUUGCACUCCACUUUUCAACUUUUAAUGCAAUUUUGGAUACGUGUUGAGCAGUUUGUUAGCAGAGGGGCAGGCUUUAUUUAUUUUAUUUUCUUAAAGAGAAAAAAAAACCCUCCCGUAGCACUUGGCGCGACAAAAAUGACCCAUGCAAGGUGUUUAAAGUCACCGCAAGUACGGACCGAGCUGAGGAGCCAAUGAUCUCUGGAUUUGGUGCAAAACCAAAAGGAUAUUUAUGUGAAUCCUUUCGGCGCUUGGCACCGAUUUACGGGGAGAUCUUGUGAGAUCUCAGGUGUCGGAGGAGACUGAGUGAGUGGAAUUGAAGACAAAAAAAUCUGGAUAACUUCAACAAGGAAGCACCCGAUGUUGCACCGUGUGACUGUGCUGUUGUGCGCUGAUCGGUCCUCGCUGUGGGAUUCAGCCUCCUUACCGCCGGAGCUGCGUGCGUAAAAGACGCGCAGGAGCAAAGAGAGGGAUCGAGAGGGGGGCGACUUCGUCAGCCUUUCCCGGGCUCUAAAUCAGUGGAAGCAGGUGUAUUUCUGCAAGCCAAGAUGUCCCUGUUGCCUUCGAGGUUCAUUUACCUGUGUUUACAUUUUCUGGUACUCUAUUUCCAGCUACAGGAGUCACAGCAGAGCAAUGCUGAUUUCAGGAUUUACAUCGAGAACCACACGAGGAACCCGGAUGACCUGAGCCGAAAGCAGGUCCGGAUUUACCAGCUGUACAGCAGAACCACGGGCAAACAUGUCCAGAUUUUGGGCAAGAAAAUCAAUGCCAACGGCGAUGAUGGGGGCAAGUAUGCUCUUCUGGUUGUCGAGACGGAAACGUUCGGGAGCCACAUUCGAAUAAAAGGAAAAGAAAGUGAACAUUACAUUUGCAUGAAUGAGAAGGGCAAAAUAGUUGGAAGGCCUGAUGGACAAAAACAGGAGUGCGUCUUUGUCGAGGAGUUCCUGGAGAACAACUACACAGCUCUGGUGUCUGCAAAGUACAAAGGAUGGUACCUCGGCUUUAAUCGGAAGGGGCGGCCCAAGAAAGGCUCCCGGACCACGCAAAGGCAACAGGAAGUCCAUUUCAUGAAGCGCCACCCGAGGGGCAGGGUGGAUCCGCUGGAAGAGUUUCUUUUCACCACAGUAACUAAGCGGACACGAAGGGCUCGCCGAUUAAAACCCAACUCCAAGAGGAACUGACACGUCCAACGGGACAGCACUAAUUUUCCCUCUGGAAAAAAAACUCAACUAACGAAAACGGAAAGUCUCAAGCUUUUUGUCUUAAAAGAAUAUCACCUUAAAGACUAAAAAAAAAACAAAAAAUGAAAGACGAGAGAAAAAGGAACAAAAGAUAUUUUAUUUUUGUAUUUCAGGAUGUCUGUUUCCUAACUCUUGGAUUCUUCUGGGUUGUUCUCAUUGUGCUAACGCAUGUUUCAUGUUAUUUAUACUGGAUAAACUAAAGGACCUCUAAGAGAAUUCUCAUCGCCGUCAUUCUCAGCUAUGUCUGAACUGCAAAGAACAGUUUUUAUUUUUUUUGUGGUGUAUUUCGACAAAGGGGGCUCAAGCAGAAACUGACGCAAUGUUAUAAAAAUCAGCCAACUAGAGAUUUAUUGGAAUACCUGUUGGUUUUUGUUUGUGUUGCCCCUGACAACGCGGAUCCCAUACUUUCCACUGGAAUCGGACACCAUAGCGAUGAGACAGAGAGAGGUGGCGGUCGCAGGUGACACUGCCCUGCCUGGAUAACUGUGUAACUCUGAGUGCAAUAUUUUACAGGUUCGCUCUCUCGCUCUCUCUUUCUCUCUUUUUCUCCUUACACCUCUCCAACUCAGCUUCAGUCCUGCAUUGCUGGAAUGCUCUGAAUCUUCAGCGUAUUGUGUGAGUUCCUCCACACGCAGCCAGCGAUUCAGCUGAAACACAACAGGCUUUGACGAGUUUGACUACUAGACUUGUUUAAACACUAAAACAAAAAAUAACAGUGGAGUUUGAUAUGACUCGGAAUUCCACGCAGUCUUCCAACUGUGUCACAUUUGGGAGAUUAUGUUUAAUCCCAAUCCCAUCAGUGAAUGACUCACCACUCAACACAUUUUCAAAUGCUUCUUCCUCACAUGAGUUAAAGUUGUUCCAGAAAAGGA